AUGGACCCCAAAUUCAAGAGGAUCAUCGAGCUCAUCGAGUCGAAGAAGAAAUCGUCGCAUCCUUGGACACGACAGCAAAGAUUCGACCAGCCCUACUUCUCCUUCUCGCCUGAGACUUCCUCAUGGCAGCAGGUCACUCCGUCCAAGACGGCUUCAGGGGUGACAGGCUUGAGCAGAUUCAUGCUCUUGUCGUGGAACAUCGACUUUAUGCUGCCUUUCGCGGAUGAGCGCAUGCAGGCUGCUCUCAAGCACCUGCAAUCUCAUGUGGAGGACGCCCCACUGCCCAGCAUCAUCAUGUUACAAGAGAUGCUUGAAACCGAUCUGGCACUACUUCAAACCCAGCCGUGGAUUAGAGCCAACUACAACAUAACCGAUAUAGACAACAAGUACUGGGAAUCCGGGUACUAUGGUACCUGCACGCUCGUUCCAAAGGUCUUGCCCAUCGCUUCCGUCUUCCGUGUCCAUUACGAGCAGACCGCCAUGGAGAGGGACGGGUUGUUCGUCGAUGUGACGUUUGCCAACGCCCAGAUCAUCCGCAUCUGCAAUACACAUCUAGAGUCGUUGAUUGCGGAUCCACCGAAACGACCCCACCAGCUAGCAACGGCUGCCAAAUGGAUGCAUGACCCAGAGGUAAGCGGCAGUGUGCUCGGCGGAGAUCUCAACGCCAUCCAGGACUUCGACAAGACACUCCAUUCGGACAACAACCUCCAGGAUGCAUACCUGACACUUGGCGGAAAGGAGGAUACCGACCAAGGAUAUACUUGGGGCCAGAUGGCUCCGACUAAACUGAGGAACAUGUUUGGCUGCAGUCGAAUGGACAAAUUGUUCUUCUGUGGAAAGCUGAGAUGCGAGAAAUUCGAGCGCAUCGGUAUGGGGGUCGAAGCCGAAGAAGAAAAUGUCAGGAAGGCUUUGAUCGACGAAGAAGGAAUGGAGGCGGGCUGGCUCUAA